GGAAGCUCCAGUGAAUUGUAUAAAUGGAUGUCCAAAUCAACAUCAGCCAAAAUGGAAUCUGGGAAACGCCUUUUCUCUGUUAUAAGUUUAGUAACAGGUCUUGUCAAAGAUUUAUCUAUCCAUUGGAAACCCGAAUAUUGCUCUACAUCCUUUUUAGCAUCUCUUCAAUUAUCACAAUCAUAGGAAACCUGCUUGUGAUCAUAACGGUCAUUCAUUUCAAGCAGCUUCACACACCGACUAACUACCUCAUCCUGUCUCUUGCGGUGGCCGAUCUGCUUGUUGGAGGAGUUGUGAUGCCUCCCAGCAUGCUGCGCUCCAUCGAGACAUGCUGGUAUCUGGGAGAUUUGUUCUGUAAAAUACACAGCAGUCUUGAUGUGACGUUGUGCACCGCAUCAAUUUUAAACCUCUGUAUUAUUUCUUUAGACAGAUAUUAUGCCAUAUGUCACCCCUUUCAAUAUCACAGUAAAAUGACAUCACUUGCCACACUAGUUAUGAUUAUUAUCUGCUGGACUGUUUCAGCUGCUCUGGGGUUUGGCAUGAUGUUCUUGGAGCUUAAUAUUUUGGGCAUUGAGGAUUUUUAUUUUGAAAAUAUUGACUGUGAUGGAAGAUGCUUGGUAUUUCAGAGCAGAGAGGCAGCUACUGUAAUGUCAUUGACCUGUUUUUACAUUCCUGCUUUUGUCAUGCUCUGUGUGUACAUUAAGAUCUUACACACAGCUCAACGGCAGGUUCAGGCCAUUCAGAGUAUGAAUUCUGAAUUUAAAAAAGAAGGAAAAGCCACUAAGACAUUAGCCAUCAUCAUGGGGGUGUUUCUGACCUUCUGGAUACCCUUUUUCAUUUGCAAUCUUAUUGAUCCCUUCAUUGGUUACUCUGUACCACCACUGCUGUUUGACUUGUUCCUGUGGGUUGGAUAUUAUAAUUCCACCUGUAAUCCCAUAGUGUACGCCUUCUUUUACAGCUGGUUCAGACAUGCUUUCAGAGUAAUUCUGUCUGGAAGAAUAUUUCAGAGUAAUUCAUCAAGAACAAUGCUAUUGUAAAUGUGAAAUCACAGUGCCAAAAACCUGUAAUGAAACAUACUGAGACAUUCACCAUGCACCAUGUGUUCAUGUUUUGUGCUGGCUGUAUAUUACUGUAUUCUGAUAUCUGUUGGGCCAUUUUACUGAAAUUGUAUUUUUCUUUGUGCCCAAUUCUGGUUCAGCCAUGUUUCCUGAUCAUCACUCGAUCUAGAAAUGACCCACACCACAAAAAUGAUACAGCAAGUUUUAAAUGAAUGUUUAUUGACUUGUCUUUUAGUAAAAUUAUCUCUACUUGAAGUAGUGUAUCUUGAAUAAAUGUGGGG